AUGAAGGGUCUAGUGUUGAUUGCCUUGAGUGGGCUCAUCUUGGCCAGUGCCCAGGCCAGGAUCCUGCCAAAGGAGGAGGAUCUCCUCUGGGAGUUGCCGGAAGUUCCGGAAGUAGUUAAUGUAGUUGAACCAAGAGCAGCUGGUUGCUCGAUUAAGAUCCGCAGCUCAGAGCUGAAGGAUCCCCAGCCCCUGCUGAUCAAGUCGGGAACCUCUGAAAUUGUUGGCUUCUCGAACAGCGGUUACGUGGAUGUGGACAAGGACAAGACCAUUGAGUUCCACUGCACCAGCAGUUUGGCCUCUCCGCUGUCCGGCAAAUCCGUGACGGCCAAGUGUGUGGGUGGCACCACCUUCAAGAUUGACGAUAAGGAGCACGACCUGUCCGCCAUCAAGUGCACAUCCUGGCCAGCUUUUGUGGGCAAGAAGUCGGGUUCCAGCUGCAAUGGUGGCACCACUCUGAUCAAGGUGGGCUUUGAACUCUCUGGUUCGCGAUUCGCCACGCAGUACGAGGUGUGCUUCAACGAGGACGAGGAGGUGACCAGGUAUGUCUACCAUCGUCUGGAGCCAGGAAACAACUACUAUGCCACCGGAGUGGAUCGUAUCACGUUCGGUGCUGGCGGUUACUUUGCGGGCAAAAAUGUGGACAAGCUGUAUACCCAGGCAGUCCAAAAGGAGACCAUCGACAAGGAGUUGGACAUGGAUUCGUCUCGUUAUUUCGACUCGGCAAAGAACGUCUUCCUGGCCCGUGGUCACAUGGGUGCCAAGGCCGAUUUCGUGUUUGCCCCGGAGCAGAGGGCCACCUUCCUGUUCAUCAACGCCGCUCCCCAGUGGCAGACCUUCAAUGCCGGAAACUGGGCCCGCGUGGAGGAUGGAGUUCGCGCCUGGGUGGCCAAGGAAAACAAGCACGUGGAAUGCUGGACGGGCGUCUGGGGAGUGACCACGUUGGCCAACAAAAAUGGAGAGCAGAGGCAACUGUAUCUGUCCCACGAUAGCAAUGGCAAUGGUCUGAUCCCGGUUCCCAAACUGUACUUCCGAGUGGUCAUCGAACCCUCGACCAAGAAGGGCAUCGUUCUGAUCGGCGUGAACAAUCCCCAUUUGAGUCUGGAGGAGAUCAAGCGAGACUAUAUCCUCUGCACUGAUGUCAGUGAUAAGAUCAACUGGAUCAGCUGGAAGAAGACGGACAUCACCGCUGGUUACUCCUACGCCUGCGAGGUGCCCGAGUUCCGCAAGAAGGUUGACCAUUUGCCCCAGUUCUCCGUCAGUGGAUUGCUGGUCUAAGUUUCGAACAGAAUAAAUAAAUAUCUCGUAAAAUUGA